AUGUCGGCCCAACUGAUGCAACCGUCCAGGUUGCCACUCUGUGGCUUCCACAAACCCAACAAGCUCACCGCCGAGUUCAUGGAGAUUCUCCUAAGCAGCACGCCCAACAACCAAGACCACAUCAUCGAGUGCUACUUUUCCGAGGACUGCACCUUUAGCAACCCGUUCCUGCGGGUCCCGGCCUUUGACUACAAGGACGCCUGCAUCUACAGCAUCCGGGGAUGGAACUCGCGCAGGCUGGUCCAGGCCCUGUACCGCGUCCAGAAGGCCCUAUCGCCCGAGGGCAUUGUGCACGUCGAGGCCAGAGCGUUCGAUAAGGUCGAGAACAAGGUGGUCCUGCUGCUCCGCCAGACGUUCCGCGUCCUCAUCCCGCUGUGCAGCGCCGAUGUCAAGCGGAUGGUGGUCUUGCACAUGCAGCCAGUCGACGUCGACAAGGACGGCCGGCCCCACGAGGUCCGCCCCGCCAGAGCCUCGGAUGUCGAUCAGGGCCGCAAGCGCCGUCCGCUCAGCUACGACGGCGACGACGAGGAGAGCCUCUCCUCGGCCGCGGGCACCCCCGCGGACACCCCCACGGACCUGAAGGGCAAAGGGGUAGAGACCCUCCCAGGCCGGCCGCUCGGCGUCGCCGGGGGCUCGGGCAGCACCCACGAGCUGGCGGUAGGCCCUGUUCAGAGCAUCAAGAUGCCUUCACGGAGGGAUAGCUGCGCGUGCCCGCUUGGGUCAGACUGCUGUCGGAGCCGAUGUAUCGACUGCGGUUGCUCAGACAGCAGCCAGGCAUAUCCGCCCGCGGCAGGCAUGACGCGGCGGUACAUGAUCAAGUCCCAGGACGACGUCUACCCGCUGGAGGAGCUCGUCAUGUUCGUGCUGAUGUGGCCGGGCGCCCUCGCGGUGCAGUGCUUGCAGUUCAUCGCCGGCCCGGCCCCGGCGGCCUGCAGCCUCAUUGGGGACUUUGACCUGGUGAGCCCCGACGACGUCUCGGCCACGGUCCUCGUCAUGAGGUCCAACGACAAGAAGGCCGCCUUUGAAGCCCCGUCCAAGGCGGGCUGUGCUAGCUCGAGUGCGAGCGAGGCCAGGAAGAUGGUGCGUUUCAGCACGGACGACUAUUCGAGCGGCGACAAUGAGAAGGUGAUGCGGGCUGCUUGAGCCUGACAAGGUGUCGUCACUGGCGUCUUGAUGGUUGCCCGAGUAUUCGACUGCAUACCAAGGAUGGACUAACGAGUGUUGUAUUCUUGCAUCUGCUGCUUGUCGGCUCUGUUUCCAAUAGCAUCUUUCCAAAAGUCUCUUGUUUGCUUUUCCUGACUAAGCAUGUUUUGUAAGGUUGUUAGUUGGAGCAAACUGGUCUCGCUCGUGAAGCACAUG